GCAGGGGCCGGUGUCCCAAGGCCCGCUGUCCCCGGAGGCUGUGUCCUCGCGGCCGCUGCGCGUGAGGGCUCGGAUCUGCAGGCCCUCUCCUUUCCCAGACAGGGCCCGCCCGCGGCGCCCACUCCAGAGGCAGGUCCAGGCGGGAGGCGCCUCCCGGGAGAAACAGGGCGCGGUCCCAACCGCACAGAGGCUCCGGCGCCGCCCUCCUCGCCCGGCUGCAUCCCCCGUCCGUUCGUGUACACACACGCACGGCGACCCCACCCAGGAUCCAAAGCAAGAUUUAAAAGGACGUCUUUGCGUCUUCCACAGCUCCCUAUCAUCAUACAAGGGGGAUUAGAAGCCGGUGAGAAAAACUUUCCACCGUCCUGCGCGUUUCUGCAGCCCUGUUCCCUGGCCGAGGCAUCUCCAAGGUAGUGAUGGCUCUCCAGAGGACCCGUUCCCUGCUUCUGCUCUGGCUGCUGACCCUGCUGGGGCUGGGGCUGGUACAGCCCUCCUAUGGCCAGGAUCGCAUGUAUCAACGAUUCCUGCGGCAGCAUGUGGACCCUGAGGAGACAGGUGGCAAUGACACCUACUGCAACUUGAUGAUGCAAAGACGGAAGAUGAUGGUGCGUCAGUGCAAGCGCUUCAACACCUUCAUCCACGAAGACAUCUGGAACAUUCGUAGUAUCUGCAGUACCACCAAUAUCCAGUGUAAGAAUGGCAAGAUGAACUGCCAUGAGGGUGUAGUGAAGGUCACAGACUGCAGGGAGACAGGAAGUUCCAGGGCCCCCAACUGCAGAUACCGGGCAUCGGCGAGCACUAGGCAUGUGGUCAUCGCCUGUGAGGGUGACCCGCAGUUGCCUGUGCACUUGGACAGAUAGACAUCAGCUGGCGGCCCUUAUGGCCCGGUGGUUGGCCUUGAACUUACUCCUUGAAUAGCAGUAAGUAAUGCAUUUGAGCUGCCCCAGGCUCUGUCUCCUCUAUUUCUGGCUCUUUUUCUCUUUAUAACCCAUUCUGUUAAGCACAUUGUAUCAAAGAGAAAUGGAGACAUAAACUUAUAAUGAGUCUGGGCUUUUCUGUAGUAAACUUUUUGGCUUUCUUUUAUAAUACUGGUCAGUUUAGCUCUCUCAGAUCCUAUCCUCUGGAAUUUAGUCAUUAUAUGGAUUUAUACAGCAUUUUAAGCAUUUCAAAGUACUUUCAUCUAAAUCAUGUCAUUUUAAUAGCACAGCAAUUGUGCGAUGUUGCUGAUGUUGUUAUAUGUAGGAGCCCAAAGUUCAGGGACUUGUGGAAAACCAUGAAAUUAGUGGAAAAGCUGAUACAGAAACCCAGUUGAACUGGCUCCUAAUCCAGGCCUUUUUCCACUUCA